GAAUUAGAUAAUAAUAAAAUCAACUUAAACUCGUCAACUUUGAAUCAGUAUCCACACUCUCAAUUCUCAAAAACUCACGCCGCAUCUCUCCGGUUCUUCCCUUUUCUUCUCUUUUUCCCUCUUCCACUUCUCAACACACACACACACUCUCUCUCUCUCUCUCCUCCCACUACUUUCCUCAACAACGAACUUCCCAAAAACGCAGAAAACUCAAACGUAGAAGAAACCACAACUUUCUUAUCCUUCUGAGAUUCGAGAUUAUCAAAAUUGAAGUCAGAUUAAGUAGAAAAAGGCGAAAUUCGAUUUAAUUUUGUUGAAAACCCUAGAAAUUCUGAUGUGAUGGUCGCAGGUUUUUGUUCGAUAAUCAGCGACAACAACAAUAGUAGUAGAAUAAUAAGAGAUGAUGAACAAUAACGCAAACGGAAUGAUGUCACCAUCAUCAUCAUCAACAUCUGGUGGUGGAGUAGCAGGUGCUAAUAAUAAUAAUAGUCAAUCUGGUUCUUCUUUGAAGACUUACUUUAAAACUCCAGAAGGUCGUUACAAGCUUCAGUAUGAGAAGUCUCAUCCAUCUGGUCUUCUUCAUUAUUCUCAUGGAAAGACUGUUUCUCAGGUAACGCUUGCUCAAUUGAAAGACAAGCCAACUCAAGGCACACAAGCAUCGACAUCAGGAGCAGGUGUUGCGAGUGGGGUGAGAUCAGCAGCUGCCAGAAUUCUUGGUGGUGGAAAUGGUAGGGCGCUUAGUUUUGUUGGAGGAAAUGGAGGGAGUAAAUAUGGUAGUACUAGUAGUAGAAAUGGAUCUCUUGGUGCUUCUAGUGUGAGUAAUUCGAGCAACAAUCUGAAUUUUGAUGGAAAGGGGACAUACUUGAUAUUUAAUGUUGGGGAUACAAUUUUCAUCAGUGAUCUGAAUUCACAGGAUAAGGAUCCAAUUAAAUCAAUGCAUUUUAGUAACUCGAACCCUCUUUGCCAUGCAUUUGAUCUAGAUGCCAAGGAUGGUCAUGAUUUGCUUAUCGGAUUGAAUUCAGGGGAUGUGUAUUCAGUGUCCCUAAGGCAGCAAUUACAAGAUAUGGGGAAGAAGCUUGUAGGUGCACAUCAUUAUAAUAAAGAUGGUUCUAUAAACAGCAGUCGUUGUACUAGUAUUGCGUGGGUGCCCAGGGGUGAUGGUGCCUUUGUCGUUGCUCAUGCAGAUGGAAAUAUGUAUGUGUACGAGAAGAGUAAAGAUGGUGCUGCUGAUUCUUCCUUCCCUGCCACCAAGGAUAUGACCCAGUUUUCUGUAGUCCAUGCACGGACGAAUAAGAGUAAUCCAGCUGCUAGAUGGCAUAUAUGCCAAGGAUCAAUUAAUAGCAUAGCAUUUUCAAAUGAUGGUGUCUAUAUGGCUACUGUUGGAAGAGAUGGAUAUCUACGAGUGUUUGACUACUUGAAAGAACAACUUAUAUGUGGUGGAAAAAGUUAUUAUGGGGCUCUGCUUUGUUGUGCUUGGAGCGGGGACGGCAAGUAUAUAUUGACUGGUGGUGAAGAUGACCUGGUUCAAGUAUGGAGUAUGGAAGACCGAAAAGUUGUAGCUUGGGGAGAGGGUCAUAACUCAUGGGUUAGUGGAGUAGCAUUUGAUCCUUUUUGGUCACCACCAAAUUCUGACGAUACAGGGGAAAGUGUUGUGUAUCGUUUUGGCUCUGUUGGUCAGGACACACAGCUUCUCCUCUGGGACUUGGAAAUGAAUGAGAUUGUAGUACCACUUCGUCGAGCUCCUGGCGGGUCCCCUCGUAGCGGAUCACCCACUUAUAGCACUGCUAGCCAGUCUCCGCACUGGGACAGUGCCUGCGUGCCGGGUACAUUACAGCCCUCACCCAGCAUGCGAGAUGUUCCAAAGCUUUCUCCUAUGGUUGUGCAUCGUGUUCACACUGAACCUCUUUCGGGUGUGAUGUUUACUCAGGACUCUGUACUUACUGCUUGUCGAGAAGGUCACAUAAAAGUCUGGAUGAGACCUGGGUCUAUUGAAAACCAUUCCGGAAAUUCAGAGACGAUAUUGAAUGCUGGCUCGAGAGAGAAGCCAGUGAUGAUGGUGAAAAAUAGUAUAUCUGGUUAUAAGCAAUAAAAUACCUGCACAGUUUUUGAUCCAACCAAACUUUUUACAGGCUUUUGCAAAAGCUAAAGGGAUAGUGUUCUCAUUCCCAUGGCUUGGGCGAGUCCCAGUUCGAAGAGUUAAUCAUCCUCGCCAUGUAGUAAGGGAAAGGGAUUCAUAAAGCGGAAAGUGCCACAAUGCUAGCCUGUUUUGUAACUAAUUUGGGUAUAUCGAUUAGUAAGCGGGUUUGGGUAUAUAGUAUAAUUGCUCGUAGGGGAAUGAUUGAUCUAUUUCAAAGAUUCCAAUGUUUUUAACUACCAAGCAACAGGGUUGAGUUUCAAACAAUUGAUUCACCCGCUACUUGGGUUGGGUAUAUAUGGUUAUUGUUUGAUUAUAGAGCACAGUUUCCUUGCCUGA